AUGCCGUUGCCCAAGAAUGAAUAUGUGAGCAAUGUUUGGAAAGAUGGCAUCUUUGCCAACAAAGUGGUCUUCUGUACCGGUGGAGCUGGCACCAUAUGCAGCGCUCAAGUUCGGGCUCUUGUUCAUCUGGGCGCGGAUGCCUGCAUCAUCGGCCGCAAUGCUGAGAAAACCGAACGGAUGGCUGCAGAUAUCGCAACAGCACGUCCGGGCGCAAGAGUGCUGGGACUUGGGGAUGUGGACGUUAGGAAACCGGAAAGCUUGCAGAGCGCUGCCGAUAGAUGUGUCAAAGAGCUUGGAGGUAUCGACUUUGUCAUCGCCGGAGCUGCGGGAAACUUCCUGGCGUCAAUGGCACAGCUGUCUACCAAUGCAUUUAAAUCCGUCAUGGACAUCGAUGUGCUGGGCUCUUACAACACAGUCAAAGCAACAAUGCCAUAUCUUCUAGAAUCAGCAGUGAAGCACAGAACAGAUGGAAAGACCCCCCCUGCGAAUGGCACCGGUGGCCGUAUCAUAUUUGUGUCUGCAACCAUUCAUUAUACCGGUGCGCCUCUUCAAACCCACGUGUCUGUUGCAAAAGCCGGGGUAGAUGCUCUCGCGCAUGCCGUGUGCAUUGAACAAGGCCCUCGUGGCAUCACGUCGAAUGUCAUUGCACCUGGCCCCAUUGGUAGUACGGAAGGCAUGCAACGUCUCUCCAGAGCCGGAAGUACAGCCACACAGGGCAAAGGCCUGCCUAGCGGCCGAUGGGGAACCGUGAAAGAAAUUGCUGAUGCUACCGUCUUUCUGUUCAGCGACGCAGGUAACUAUGUGAACGGCGAAAUUCUGGUCGUGGACGGCGGAGCUUGGCACAUGCCCAGCACUGGACCUGGUCAGGAGUUCCAGUACCCUGAUUUUUUAUUAAGUGAUGCAGCAGUUACAGGGGUAAAAGGUGGGAAAAAAGCGAAGCUUUGA